AUGCUGCCGACACCGGUGACGUGGGACCCCUCCUCGCGCCAAGUGACGUUGGAGAGCUACGUGAACAACAUUCAUCCGUCGCAGUCGGCGCUCUAUACGGUGCUAGCCGAGACACUCUCGACGGUGCUACCCUUGCUGGAUGCUGCCCGGUGGGUCCCACGCAAAGGCGGCCGGCGCAUUCAAUACGGUGGCGGCCACGAGAACGAGCUACGACUGCUCCGGGAUGCGUACCUCCAGCACCAUGGUCUCGACCCGUCGGCGCCUGUUUUGCAAAAGACGCUGCGGGCCUUCAAGAAGGCACAGGGACCCAUCACGAGCCAGUUGCAGCCAGCACCACCGACACUCGACGCCGCCAAACAGUUCUGGACGGACUCUGUAUCGUGUCAUGACGACGGCGACGACGACCGUAGCUGGCGACUUCCGAGCAAGCCCCAGUCGCACCAGGUGCUCUGCCACGUGCAGUGUCUCCGCGUGACGCCCGAGGCACCGACGAUGACGAUGGCGUGGCGGCGUGCGUCGGGCGCUGUCAACGAAGCAAUUGAUUUCACCGCCGUCAUUCUGUACGGUGCGGACAACGUCUCGCUGCGGGUCGAGUUCCGAGAGACGUACGAGUACGCUGACUUCGGCCCGCACAAGCGCAAUCCUGCGAUCGAGGUGCUUCUCAGCGACAAGGUCCCUGGGCGCGUAAGUCAAGACACGGGGUUUGUGACCGUGCGACCCUUACGUCUCCUGCUGAUUCGGAGCUCGGCCGCGUACCGCUUUCACCUUCAGUCCAGUGACUCUUCACGUGAAGGCGUCGCAAAGCUCCUCUCCUGGGGCUUGGUGCGUCCGAGCGAAAUGAUCGCCAAAGCUAUCGGUUGCUUUGCGAGUCAGGGCGCAGUUAUCGACAACGCCAUCUUGUCGACGGCCGACAUCCCACCGCAGCAACGUGCCUGGCUUCUCGAUCUUGUCAACGCGACGCCACUCGGUCGCCUGCCGUCUGUCGUCCAAGAGCUCGUCCUUGACUUUGUUGGCCAUGCAACGCUCAGCACAGAUGAGGCCGCCGCGGUGGCCACCGUUGCCAAGGUUGCGCGAGAGGUCCUUGUCGCGGCAUCGCUCGCCUAG